AUGUCGUCUUCAGGAAGUAGAAAUGAUAGCCAAUCAUCAUCGUCAUCAGGUAUGAAUUUACCUAUAGAAAAUUCUUCAUCGUUAUCAUCGACACAAAUAGCCAACAAUUCUGAUAUUUUAACACAGAUUUUAUUAUGUCUACCCGUGAAAUCUCUAUUGAUCUUCAAAUCUGUAUCCAAAAAAUGGUUAUCUCUCAUUUCUGACCCAUAUUUUGCUAAGAAUCAUACUCUUCGGAAUAGAAGCUUUAAAAUCCCUGGGUUGUUCAUAGAGAAAUUAAGACGUCCUUCAGGUCCUCCUGAUGAUCCAGAAUUUGAAUUUCCAUCUGUCUUCCUUAACAAUGACGCUGACAGUCAUAAUACUACUGGUGGCGGAGGAGUUCCCCUAAAAACCCUAGAUUUUGUGGAAGUUCCACCGCGAAAUUGGAAAGGUCCCAUUACUGAAAGUAGCCUAAGAAUUAAUCAUUCUUGCAAUGGUCUAUUGUGUUGCACUAGGAUGACAUGUAUGACUAAACCGCCUUAUAACAGUAUCAAGCACAUUCACAUCUACAAUCCAACCACAAAACAAUACAAAAGUCUUCCACGAUCUCCCUUUAGAGAUGUCGUCUCUUUCAAUGGAGUUUUUAGUGUAUCCUUAGCUUUUGAUCCAUUCAAGUCCCCAGAUCACUACCAAGUUAUCUGCAUCUGGAGAGAUUUAGAUAAAAUCCAUGAAUUUAAUCUCUUCAAUUUCGAAGUCUACUCCUCUAAAACAAACUCAUGGAGGCUUUCUCAGGUGAGUCCUUUUGCAGCACUUGCUCUUAGUUUCUCUAGGUCUGGUGUGUUUUGGAAUGGUUGUUCUCAUUGGAUCUCGACUGGUUAUAAUGAGACAUCAGUGUAUUUUGAUAUCGAACAAGACAUAGUUAAACCACUGCCGUUACCAGAUGUACCUAAUGAUGAUGACGGUUGGGAUUCUAUGUACAUUGGAGAGUGUAGAAAUCAUUUGUAUCUCGUAGGGUUUCUUGAAUCAUGUCCCAAAAUUUAUCGCAUCUUGGAGAUGGAAACAGAUUACAGUGGGUGGAAUCCUUUAUACAAGCUCGACCUGGAAAGAAUUAUAACUGCAUAUCCAGAAAUGGUGUUGCUUAUUAACAAUAACAUUGAAUAUCAUGUGUUGGUAUUGUUUGUCGGGGAAGAUGAAGAGAAAUCAUCAAAGAAAUUGGUGCUGAUGAUAAACGGCACUGAAGUUAUAUCCUAUGAUCUGAAAGAGAUGAGCUUUAAGGAGAUUUAUCGCUUCGAUGCUACCAAUGGUUCCACUGGUCUCACCUUGUCUCGAAGUUAUGGCACAUGGGGUUAUGUUCAUCAGUACAUAGAGUCACUUGCUUGUGUUUGA